AUGGUAUCUCCUUGGCGCACCCCCCUACGGAUGGAUAUUGGAUCACUGAGUCUAUGAAGCCGGACUUGCAUUGUUGCCGAGCUGUAUAGCUCCCGGAGCACAUCCACAUAGCGAGCAUCAACUGAGCAGCGAUGGAGAGAGUCAAACACAACCCAAUGUCCGACACUGUCGAAAGCCUUUUCGUAAUCUACGAAUGCCAUGCAGAAAGGACGGUUGUAUUCGUGACUUUUCUCCAUAAGUUGCUUUACUACGUUAGUAGUACCUACUAGAAGUACUAUUUAUUUUGUGGUUACAGUCCAAUAUUAUUUACCUACGUUAAAGAUCAAUGCAGAUUUGGAGAUGAUGUCCAGCUAUUUGAUCUCAUCACGAAAAAAACUAACUUAAUCACAAAUUCAUCACCGGAUUUGUAUGUGAGGUCAGUACAGACGAACACAUCGUAUAUUGUGGUGACCGGACCAAUGCUGCGUCAGGUACGCCCGUCUGUUAGGGUGCGCGCACACGGGCGACAAAGUUGCUCGGCGACUUUCGUAUUUGUAUGAAAAGUUGCGUCGCCUCGUGUGCGCACCUUCAUACUAGCCCAUAGACCGAGCGACGGAGACAAAACAGUUUUGUCUCCCGUCUGUGGGGGCCCUUACGAUUUUUAAGUUGACAUUUUGUGUUUAAGGUUAUGUUGUAGUUGUAGAAAAAUGUAAAUAGAAAUUGAUAUCUUGUAUAAAAUACGAUAGUAAAUGUAGAAAGUAACUAUACAAGUGAACAUUAUUAAUUCACUAAUGUUUUCUAUAAAGUACUUAAUAUUAUUUUGAUCAUCGUAAUAGGUACAUAGUGUAACUAUCAAAAAUUUACUUGUAUGGAACUAGAAUGGAGUUUGUAACCGAAGUGUCCGAGUUUGUGCGAUUGAAGGAGGAGCCCGCUGAGCCAGAAGCGGAGCCCGAGCGGCGGCCGCCCGGCGCGGCGCGAGCAGUGCACAUCAAAGAAGAACCACAGAAUGAACAUCAGUCAGACAGUGACGAAAUGGAAGAUUGUUUGCAACACACAACGAGUGAAUACGAAAUAAAGGAAGAUCCCUCAUGCUUUGAAAAUAUUGUGAGCGAUGUGAUACAUGGCUUGUGUGACGGUAGAGUGAAGGAUGAGGUUAUGCAGCCGGAGUCUGUGCCACAGAUCCCACAGACAGCCUCCUGCUCGAACAUGGAGUGUGUGAGCGAAGCAGCCAUGCUGGCCGGCCUGUACAUGGACCAUGAUGUUAAAGAUGAGCUUGUGCUGGGUGCGGAGUGCCCAUAUCGCCCUGAUGUCACUCUAGUAGUUCAUGGUCGCAUUGGCCAUACGCUUCGAGAUUGCUCUGUGACACUUGAACACAUCCCACAUAUCGAUGUGCUAGCUAAGCGACAAGGCACAACUAGUAGCGACACUGAGUCCGAUACUGAUAAAUUUACAUUUAGAGAUGAAUUUCACACUGAAGAGAAAGAACCAUUAUGUGAUCUUUGUGGUGAAAGAUUCAGUGUAAAAUCAGAUUUAGUGAAACAUGUCAUAGAUCAUAUCCACAGACCUCCGAGCAUGGAGCAGGAAGGUGGUGCGCAGGGCAAUGCAUUUGCUGGUCAGUGCCAACAAGAGCAGGAGCGGGCUUUGUGCCGAAAAUACGCGAUCCAGGACUGCCGCGUGCGCCUCGAACGGCUCCGACACCAAGAGGCUCUUGCCGCCAACGACACGCAGCACACGGAUACGGAAAUUGAUGCGGAGGAUAUACACACUAGAGUUGACAAUGGGAAACCGACUUGUGGUCUUUGUGGAGAUAGUUUUGCUCUGAAAUCAGAUUUGGAUCAACAUAUUAUGACUCAUAUCCAUAUGCCGACCGCACAGCGUUCACAAGACCCGAGUCCGGACAAGGAAUCGGACAUUGGAUUUAAUUUUGAGAGUGAUUUAAAUAGACAUACAGGGAUUCAUAGUGUCAUAAAACCAUAUUCAUGUGAUGUAUGCAGCGAAGGAUUUGUGACUAUGUAUGGUUUAAAACGACAUACACUUGUUCAUGCUGCCAUAAAACCAUAUUCGUGUAAAGUAUGUAAAAAAGGAUUUAUAGGAAAGAGUGCUUUGAAUGUACAUGCACUGCGUCAUUGUGACAUGCGACCAUAUUCGUGUGAUGUGUGCAAAAAACGAUUCAGAACUAAGAUUUAUUUAAAACAACAUACUCUGAUUCAUAGUAAUAUAAGACCAUAUUCCUGUGACGUAUGUAAAAAAGGAUUUUCAACUGUAAAGUUUUUAAAAAAGCAUUCACUACGUCACAGUGAUGUAAGAACACAUAAUUGUGAUGUGUGUAAAAAAGGAUUUUUAACUAUAUUUGAGUUGAAAAGACAUACCCUUGUUCAUAAUGACAUAAGAGUAAGACCAUAUUCCUGUGACAUAUGUAAAAAAGGAUUUUUAACUAUAUCUGUUUUGAAAAGACAUGCACUCGUUCAUACUGACAUAAGCACAUAUUCCUGUGACAUAUGUAAAAAAGGAUUUUUAUUUAUAUCUGAGUUGAAAAGACAUACACUUGUUCAUACUGACAUAAGACCAUAUUCCUGUGACAUAUGUAAAAAAGGAUUUUUAACUAAGAGUGGUUUAAAAAAUCAUUUACUACGUCACAGUGAUGUAAGAACACAUUAUUGUGAUGUGUGUAAAAAAGGAUUUUUAACUAUAUAUAAGUUGAAAAGACAUAGACUUGUUCAUACUGACAUAAGACCAUAUUCGUGUGAUGUGUGUAAAAAACGAUUUAAAACUGACGCUUAUUUAAAACGACAUAUGCUGUUCCACAGUGAUAUAACACCAUAUUCGUGUGAUGUGUGUAAAAAACGAUUUAAAACUGUCGAUUAUUUAAAACGACAUAUGCUGUUCCACAGUGAUAUAAGGCCAUAUUCGUGUGAUGUGUGUAAAAAACGAUUUAGGAGAAAGUCUAAUUUAAAGAGUCAUACUCGGAUUCAUAAAAAUAUUAAAACAAAUGAAAAAACUAUUCUGUCAUAGACACAGCCGCAAUAGUUGACGACGUGAAACGUGCGAACUACCGCUAUCGAGAAAGCCGUAGGCUGAGAUCCACGCAGAGCUGAAGUCAGUGCUCAAACCACAGAACACCCCACUAGAAGCCUAAUGCAAGCGAUAUUGUUCGAGACGCAAAUCACCAAUCAUUGCGGGGUGAGGCGGGAGCGCACGGCGCU